AUGGCUUUACCAGUCUUCAAACUGGGUAUUCAGGACUAUUUCGGUCCAAUUUGUGCGUUUUGCUGGUUUCUGGGUGGAUUGUGGCUGAUCGCCAUCUUGAUCAUACGACCAUUCUACAUCAACGCCGAAGAGCUACAACCGGCCCGGAAGUUCUACUUCCGGAAGAGAAAAAAGGUAAUAUUUUUUGAAGUUUUAUACAUUGUAAACAAAGUUUUUGCCAUUUUAAGUUACGAAAACAAAGUUCUUGCCAUUUUUGUUUUGUAAACAAAGUUUCUGCCAUUUUAAAUUAUGUAAGGAAAGUUCUUGUCAUUUUUUGUUCUGUAAAGAAAAUUAUUACUACUUUACGUUUUGUAAACAAAGUUCUUGCCAUUUCAGGUUCAAAAAGACGCCGAAGAUAAGCCCAAAGAUGGCAAGAAGAGUAAAACCAAAUCGGCCAAAAGUAACAAGGAAAAACCGACCGGAGGCAAAUCGACCAAAGAGACCAAAUCCACCAAGGAAGCCAACAAGUCAACGAAAUCGGCCAAAAAGUCGCAGUUCGAGGAAGUUUCGGCCGGAGGAAAUGAUGAGAAAAAAACUGUGUAG